UAAUCGAAAAAGGAAUUUAUUUCACGCGCACGCGAAAACACCGUGUGCCUGGACACUUUGAUCUGACAGAAACGUCGCUACAGUCCGUAGAGUUGGUGAUCCUCUCGAGUCCGUCACGACGACUCGAAAACACGCCAAACGCUGACCGCUAGAAUAGCCGAUCAGUGUUGAUCCUUCAAGUGUAUAAAGGCAGCUAGAAAAUUCGGCUUUAAGGCAUUAAACAUCACUCAACUGGUUCUGGACCCCCUCACCUGACCAGCAUGUACGCUUCAUUCUUCACCACCAGACUCGUUGCGCUUGCCGCCAUUGCCUCAGUUGUUUCUGGUCAGGGACUCCCCGCUGGUUGUGAUCGUAAUGCAACUGUUCAAUCUGGAGAUACAUGUGACGCAAUAUCCGCGAUGUACAACGUUUCCACAUACCAGCUGGCGACAGUCAACAGCGGAAUUAUUGACCCUGAUUGCGAUAAUUUGUUUAUCGGAGAAGUUUUAUGCCUUGGAAUCAGUGGCCAGGAUUGCGAUGUUACCUACGUUAUGCAGACCGGCGACACAUGUCAAAGCGUUGCCAAUGCGGCUGAUAUCCCGAUCAGCACGUUGCUCGCGAACAACCCGAACGUGAACACCAACUGCACUAACGCGUACGCUGGCGAGGUUCUCUGCACUGCGAGCCAGAUCUAUGUGAACACCACCCAGUCAGGUUGAGCUGAGUGAGAUAAAAGUAUUCCUUAAAAAUCAAUUAGAACAAGACGCCAAUAGAGUAGCGUGGAAAUUGGUUCUC